AACUCGUAUACUCUAUUAAAAAUUAAAUACAAGCACUAAAAAUAAAAUGAUAAGCGCUUUAAAUGGCUUUGGCCUAGUCAUAGGCUGGAUGGAUAUAAUGGGCGCCUUGCUCUUUGAGCUGAUGAUCGUCUAUACGCUGCGCAGACGUUGCAAGAACAACAGCAAUGCAGCUGGCGAGUUGCAUGCUACAGAAUUGCAGCAGCAGCAGCAGGAGCAGCAGAAUGACAUUAUAAAUGUUCGACCCUGGAUGCUGUGGGCUUAUCUUUUGCUCUUGAAUGUAUGGAUUCUGGUUUCCUUGCUAAUGAUUGCGGGCAUUCUAUUGCAUCAGCCGAAUCUAUUGCUCUUCUGGCUUGUCUGGUGCAUGUGCGGAUUGCUCUUUGAUGUGCUCUUUGUGCUGUGGUGGUGCUGGGAGCUCAUUGUAGGCGAUGCCUUUGAGGCUUUAACCAACAUACUUAUCUCGCUGCUUACCAUGGUUAUUGAAUUUGGCUUUAUAUAUGUUAUAUAUCAUAUCUAUAUGAAUCUGCUGGAUGUGCCACACAUGCCCGCCUUUAAGCUGCGCUUUCUAAAACCUUUAUUUUAAUUUUGUAUAU